AUGAAGCGGCGGAUCUCGUCCUCUCGUCGCCUGUCUUCUCUCCGUCUCGCACCCCUGUUUCUGUCUCGCUUGUUUCUUCUCUCUCUCUUCCUUCUUCUUCUCCGCUGGCCUCCCGUCUCCGGGCGGGUCAGGCCGCUCCCUCGCCAUCCUCUCUGCCGCCCUGCGCCCUCCUUCCGCGCCUGCGUCGCGGCCAACUCCAAGACUCUCGGGCCUUCCGCGGGGCCAAUUUCGUCUUCGUCUCUUAUGUCUUCUCAGCUCUCGCUUCGAGGCUGCGUCCCCCGCGACGCCCUCACAAUGCUCGGCGUGCAGCGUGCCUCUUCGGUCGCGGCCGCCCUCGCGUCGCGGCGCGCUCCGCCGCCGCGGGAGGUCUCCUGCUUCCUAUUUGAAGCUCUUCAUCCCAUCAGGAACCACGCGACUGCGAGAGGGUGUGCCGCGUUGCCGGGAGAGGCUUUUCUCGCUCGGCGCCACGCCUCUGCGCAGGCUUCGAGCUGCGCCAGCCGUUCAUGCGGAGGGGCUUGCGCUGCGCGUCCCCUGGCCUCCACGUCUUCUUCCUCGUGUUGGCCUCCGUCCGCGGCCUCUGGAGCUCCCACCUUGACCCGCUCUCUCUCGACUUUGUCUGCUUCUCUUUCAUCUUGCGCCUCGCCGGUCGCCCCGUUGUGCGUGCCUCUGGCGUGUGCUGCGCUGCGGCUCUCCGCUCGGUGUGCGUCGGUUGUCUCUCAGCCGCCCUCCUCUUCGUCCUCCACUCCGCAGGGCGAGGCAGGCGCUGCGCCUCGCGAGGCAGCAGAGACUGGAGAGUCCUCCUUUCCAGAUGCAGCAGAUCUUGCGUUCCACGUGAUUCCGAGUCGCGUCAAGCCUCUUCGGCGCGAGGCGCCGAGUCUCUGCGUCCUCCACGGACUCCUGGGCAGCAAGCGCAACAUGCGGAGCUUCGCGGCGCUGCUCAACUCUCCGCAAAUCGUCGCGAUGGAUUUAAGGAACCACGGGGAGUCGCCCUGGAGGGACGCGAUGAGCAUCGCCGAUCUGGGCAAAGAUCUCCUCCACAUGCUUGACACGAAGCCCAGCCUCUUCGCGCCCCCCUCGCCCUCCGCGACCGCGUCGGGCUCCACGACCGCGCGCGCGCACUCCGGUGUGGUGUUGGUGGGUCACAGCCUGGGGGGUUUGGCGGCAAUGUUUGCGGCGUUGCAUCGUGCACAGGAGGGCGUUUCCACGCGGCCGCCGGUGAUUCGGGGUGUGGUAGUCUUGGAUAUCGCGCCGGUGGACUACUCGUCGCCGCGGGCGCGAGCCGAGGGGCGACCUGCUCGCGGCGAGGAGGGUCUCAGCACGCGCCGCGUCGUGGAGAUCCUCUGCGACUUGCCGAUGUCUGCGUUUGAGGACAAGAAGCAGCUCGCGCGGACGCUCGCGGCAACAGAUUCGCCGCUUCCGCCGCGCAUGGUGCAGUGGCUGUUGACCGCCGUGAAGGAGCGGCGCGCUUCGCGAAUGCGGAGUGGAGAGGCGCCCUGGCUGGAGCAAGCGCCGCCGUCGCGCUCGCGAGACAAAACGCUGAAAAACGAUGAAAAAAUCGUCCUCGAGUGGGAAAUGAACCUCCACGCCAUCCAGCACAUGCUCAAGACGCAGCAGCUCCGCUGGCCUCUCGAAUGUCCCCACGAGGGAGCAGAGCCGAGCGAAGCGUCGCGAACCGAAGCGAGGGGGGGCGCGCCGCCGCCAGUCUUCGAGGGUCCGACGCUGUUUCUCAAAGGGGCGAACUCGUCCUACGUCGACUUGAAACGCGACUGGCCUGCGAUGCGGCGCUUCUUCCCGAAUGCGGAGUGCAAAGUGGUGCAGAACGCAGGCCACUGGCUCCACGCCGAGCAGCCUCUGCAGACCGCGGAGCUCGUCAACGACUUCCUCGCGAAGACCUGA